CCUGAGCUUCACUGCGCUCCGGCUGCUGCAGUCUUAGCGGAGCGGACUGAUGAGCGCGGAGCCACGGUCUCUGCUGCUUCUGUGUCUAACGGAGCCUCCCUCGGCCGUCUGCUCAGACCCUGUAACGGAUUAUUUUCUCCGGGUUUGACGCCGCUCGUCCAGGAUGUCGGUGGCCGGACUGAAGAAGCAGUUCCACAAAGCCAGUCAGCUUCUCAGUGAGAAGAUCAGCGGGGCCGAGGGGACGAAGCUCGAUGAAGACUUCACAGAGAUGGAGAGGAAAAUGGAGGUGACCAACAAGUUAGUGUUUGACCUCCUGUCCAAAACAACAGAAUACCUGCAGCCUAACCCAGCGUCUCGAGCCAAACUUAACAUGCUGAACACGGUGUCCAAGAUCCGAGGGCAGGUGAAGACCACCGGCUACCCUCAGACCGAAGGCCUGCUGGGUGACUGCAUGCUGCGCUACGGCCAUGAACUGGGAGCGGACUCUUUGUUUGGAUGUGCUUUGGUGGAUAUGGGCGAGGCCAUGAGGCAGAUGGCAGAUGUGAAGGACUCUCUGGACAUAAAUGUCAAGCAAAACUUUAUUGACCCCCUGCAGAAUCUACAGGACAAAGACCUUAAAGAGAUCACGCAUCACCUGAAGAAGCUGGAGGGUCGCAGAUUAGACUUCGACUAUAAGAAGAAACGUCAGGGGAAAAUCCCAGAGGAGGAGAUCCGGCAGGCCGUGGAGAAGUUUAAGGAAAGCAAAGACCUGGCCGAGAGGAGCAUGUUCAACUUCUUGGAGAAUGAUGUGGAGCAGGUGAACCAGCUGUCGGCGCUGAUCAAGGCGACGUUGGAGUACCACCAGCAGUCGUGUGAGAUCCUGGAGGAGCUCAGCGGGAAGCUGCAGAGGAGGAUUUCCACGGGCAGCAGCCGGCCCAGGAGGGAGUUCAGACCAAAGUCGAUCAGGAGCAGCAUCGAGGCGCUGGACAACAACCAGCACAACGGCCUGUCCUACAGCUCCUCGCUCAAGUCCACCGAUACGCAGAUCAGCCACACAGUCAAUGGGAAAACUGAUCAUAUAACAUCUGUCCCACUGUCAUGGCCCGACAGCCCCGCUACCAACGGCAACAUUCAGCAGUCGGAGGUUUUGGAUCAGCCCUGCUGUCGCUCCCUCUAUGACUUUGAGCCGGAGAACGAGGGCGAGCUGGGCUUCAAAGAAGGCGACAUCAUCAUCCUCACCAACCAGAUAGACGAGAACUGGUACGAGGGCAUGAUCAACGGCGAGUCCGGCUUCUUCCCCAUCAACUACGUGGAAGUCAUCGUCCCCCUGCCUCAGUGAAGAGCGAGGCCUCCUCAGACUCCCUCCUCGGCCCGACUCCGGCGUGAAGGCGCGCGGCGGAUCGUCCCGGAGCUGGAAACGAGUUCAGUUUCUGAUUUUCAAGCCAAGCCACAGAGAUGAUGUUUCCUCUCAGCUGAAACGUCUCCUUUACUUUGAUUUCCGGUUGAUAUUUGUGAACUUGAACUGAAACCCGAGCCUUUAACGGGACACUCUGCCUGGUCUGCGUCUGACCCAGGCCAUCAAACUGUUGCUCCCCCCACCGUCCACCCCCGCCGCCGGGUCUCCUGACGGCGUCGUUGACCACUACAAACAUUUCUUCGCUUUAUGGCCACUUUUUUUCUGCUGUAGUCACGUUUGAAGCUUUUUGAUUAAAUGUGUCACAAGCAAACAAAACAUUACAAAUCAGCUUCCUUUCACCCAAAUUUACACCCACCACCCACAGGUGAAAGUGCUUUUAUUUUGAAAUGUAACUCAGUGAGGUUCCUGCCUGCACCGCAGAGGAUUUCAGUGGAACUUCAUUUGCGCUGCUCAUUUUUUAAGACAGUUAAAGAAAUAGUUUUAAUGUGAAAAGCCAAACACAAGCCUCGUUUUUUUUACAGGUUUGUCCAAAUCUCAUUCCAGUUCAUUCUUACUUCCUGUUUUAUUUUUGUAGUUUUGGCAUCAUUUCUGUCCUUACUUAUAACUUCACACUGAGUCUGAACCGUGGAGGUGAUGGUCAGAACAGGUUUUUAUGGAUUAUUAAGAAACACAAGCAGCGGUGGUUUCAGGGAUGUUUCGGCUCAGGAUCACAUUUAAAUAUGUGUCCGGGCCCUGAGCUGCACACAGAGCAGCGCCGUUAGUCCGAGUUUGUCUGCCUUUAUGGUGGUGUUCCUAUAAGGUUUCUUAUGAGUUAUGGAUCCCAGAGUUCAAAUAUUUCUUUCCAGGUUCAAACACAGUUUCAUGACUAAAUCUUUUUUUUUCUCCUCAGUGUCUUCAUGUUGUGUAUAAUGGAGUUUAUAUCCGGUGUUUAUCUGUGAGAGAGGAUUUUUCCCGACCUCCUCGUGCCGUCUGCUCCUCUGACUCCACGGGGUUUUUUUUUUUUUGUUGCCGUCACGUUGCCACGCUGUCAGAUCUCAGCAAUUAAUGAGCACAAUAUCUAUAAUGGACAGAAAUGGUGACUAAACUACAAGAACCAAACCUUCUAUAAGCCACAAUAUUUCAAGAAUGUGAAGCUGAAUAUUUGUGUUGUUCCUUGGUUCCACACUGACAUUCCACUGGAUUAUUUUGUGACUUUCCGGGCCCCCUCAGCUCUCGGCUGGAGGAGGUCAGCAGAGCUCUGACGGCCUGUCUGUGUUUGAACUCUUCUUCAUGUUCGCCUGCUGUGCUCUUACAUGUUCAGGAGGGCCGGAGGUGAACGGCGGCGCUCUGAACGUGUGUCUGUGUUUACAUGCUCUGACUCUGUGUGACGUUGCGUUAUCAGGAUCGGGGACGGAUGCCUUGUCCGACAGUCUGAAGGUGCUUUUUGAGCCGUCGUCUGUGCUGCACUGAAGCUUUAGCCUCCACGUCCUUCUGCGUCUAAGGACGCGCACCUUUACCUUCUCUUCUUCAGCACUUUGAGUUCUUUCACAGCCACAUCGGAUCCAUGUUUGUGGAGUUCAAACCAUCGAUGCUACAUUUCUAUAACCACAGCUCUUCAUUGUACUGUACUGUGAUGUAGAUUGGAGCAAGCGGCUGUCACAUCGUAACCUAAAGUAGACAGUCUGUGGAAGUUACCUGUGAAGCUCAUUCAGUUAGAUAGUGAUAGGUUGUAGGAUAAGUGAAGGCCUGUGUGGCGGCCGCCUGUUUAGAGUGACCAAAUAAGACAAACCAACAGAAGCCGGCCUCUCUUUGCUUUUUUAGUUUAGGCCCCCUGUUUCAUACUUUAGUAAGAAACCUGUUUUUAUGUUCUGUGACUGCAAAAUCAACCUGUGCUCCGUGUGGAGCAGUUUAUUGGACACAUUCAGGACAAACUCGCGUCUCAUUCUCGUCUCUGCUGCCGCAGCUUCUCUCCUCUGACAGAGAUAUGCACAGGUUAGUUUUUUAUAGGAUCUGAGGAUCACACACCAGGUGAGCUGUGCUUCUGAAGCCACGAAGUCCGCCUGGUUCAUUCAUUUUAGUGUAUAUUACAAAAAUGUAAAUGUGAACUACAGCUCCCAUGGUGCAUUUCACCAAGAACAAUAAAUCCACAGAUCCUAGAAAUGAGAUUCCACCUCUGUGAUCCGUGAUGUUAGGCUUUUAAUUUGAAACAUCAACAGGAACUGAGGAGCGAUUCAGAAACAGCGAAGCAGCUGUGGAUAAAACCGUAUUUCUGUUCAGAGAGAGCCGCUUAUUGCAGCAGAGAGGACGGGUUGACCCCCCACCCCCGACUAUGAGUGUAGUUUUAUCUCAGACUUAGUAAUAAUGUGAACACACGUCUUUAAUCUGAACCUGAAUGAUUCAGUUCAGCUUUUCUUCAUCUGUGGCCCAGCUCGACUUUAUAUCUGAUAAAGGAGAUGUGUUGGAUUCUUACCGUUAGCUCUCAGAUUCUUAGAUGUUGCAUGAUGAUUUUUAUUAUUUACAGUUAUAAUGAGUUUUGGAUACUGGGGAGUUCUUAAAGUCACAGUACCCACAGAAAGGAGGGUCCUUGAAGGUUCAGCCCUGCAUUCAGUCUCCACAAAACAGAAGACUUUUUUUAAAAACAAAUGUUUAAUAAAUGCAUUUAUCAUUAAAAAAAAAAAAAAGCAUCCAAAAGGUUUUGUUUUGUUUACAGGCUUAGGGUUGAGUGCAUGAUUAGCCUUCAAACUCCCACAGUAAGAAGAACUGACUCUUUGAUACACUAAGAUACUCUCCACACACACCUCUGUUUGCCUUUGCAGUCUUUCCUCAGUAUUCAUCGUACAAACCACUUCCCUGCAGAGGACACUGUCACAGUUCUGUGUUUUAUUUUUGUCAGUAGCAUAAUUUAUGCAAAAGUUGUUUUAUAGAUGUUGUAAAUGAAUAUAUUCCAAAAAUAUAUUACGUAAAUAAAUGACAAGUAAAUAUCGA